UUGAAGGCUACAUAAGGGCCUGUUGAUUAUUGCUGGAACCAGGUGAUAGAAAGAGAGCUUUGCAAGAAGCACGCACUAUAGCGUUCUACUCAAGCCAAGGUUUUCGGCGGGUCAAUCUUGGUGGUGUUUGUUGUUCCUUGUGACCGGUGUUCAGUUUUUCGGCGUGAGGACAUGGUUAGCAAGACGGUGGUGUUGGCCCUGGCGUUGCUGCUGGUGGCGGCAGUGGCCACCUUCCUGGGGGUGUUCUUCGGAGUCAGCAGUCCCUCCGAGGGGGGUUUCUCCAGGGCGGCCGUGGCCGCGGACGCCGGGCUCUGCUCCGAGAUCGGGAGAGACAUGCUGCAGAAAGGCGGGUCUGCAGUGGACGCCAUGAUCUCCUCCCUGCUGUGCGUGGGCGUCGUGAACCCACACAGUGCGGGUAUAGGCGGGGGGCUGUUCAUAACCAUCUACAACGGAACCACGGGCACAGUGGAAACCAUUGAUGGAAGAGAAGUUGCUCCGGGGAAUGCCACCGAAAACAUGUUUGGGACCGACAAAGAUUUAUCCCGGACAGGCGGACUGGCCAUUGCUGUACCAGGAGAAAUUCGAGCUUACGAAAUGGCACAUCAACGUCAUGGCAAACUACCAUGGAGAGACUUGUUCCAGCCGUGUAUUGAACUGGCAAAAAAUGGGUUUCCUAUGGGUUCUGCGCUAGCUGGUGCUAUCAAGGAUUACAAGGAUGCCAUCUUAAAGGACCCGGCCUUAUGUGCGGUGUUUUGCGGGGCUAAUGGGACCUUAUUGAAAGAAAACGAUACAGUGAAAAACCUCAAACUGGCAGAGACCUACCGCAAGAUAAGCGAAGAGGGGGCAGAUGCCUUCUAUGUGGGACCCAUGGCUGAAGCCCUUGUGAAGGAUAUUCAGGCCAAAGGUGGCAUCGUGACCUUGGAGGACCUGAGGGAUUACAGGCCGGUUCUGGAUGAAAACCCCUUGAAGGUCCACAUUGGGGGGUACACCAUGGUGACUCCCAGCGCCCCCGCCAGCGGGCCGGUCCUGUCCCUGCUGCUGCUCAUCUUGGAGGGCUACAGUUUCUCGGCGAAGAGCGUGUCGAGCCCCGAGGCGCGGGUGCUGACCUACCAUCGCGUGGUGGAGGCCUUCCGCUUCGCCUACGCCAAGAGAACGCUACUCGGAGACCGCCACUUCCUGAACAUCACCGACCUGAUCCAGAACAUGACCUCGACCUGGUUCGCCAAGGGCCUGCGGGAUCGCAUCACGGACAACACCACUCAUCACAUGAACUACUACGAGCCUGAGUUCUACAUGCCCGACGACGCCGGCACCUCCCACCUCUCCAUCGUAUCUGAGGACGGCAGCGCAGUCGCGGCCACCAGCACCAUCAACACCUUUUUUGGCUCCAAAGUCAUGUCCUCCACUGGAAUCAUCCUCAACAACGAGAUGGAUGACUUCAGCUCCCCAAACAUCACCAACGCCUUCGACCUCCCGCCCUCACCCAGAAACUUCAUCAGGCCUGGAAAGAGGCCCAUGUCGUCCAUGGUUCCUACCAUCCUCCUCGAGGACAACAGAGUUAAGAUGGUGGUGGGGGGCUCGGGGGGCAGCAAGAUCACCACCGCCAUCGCACAGGUUAUCCUGAAAGCGCUGUACUUUAACUUUGAUUUGAGGACAGCAGUAGGGGAGGCAAGACUCCAUAAUCAGCUGAGCCCCAACGCGACCACGGCCGAACCUGGCUUUGACAUGAAAGUGCUGGAGGGCCUGGCCCUGAAAAACCACGAGACGAAGGCCCUCAAGUCAACGGGGGCGGUGAUCCAGGCGGUGGUUCGCCAUGGCAACCGCCUCCACGCUCAGUCAGAUCCCAGGAAAGGGGGCUAUGCCGCCGGGUACUAGUCUAGUUAGAUGCCUACCCCCCCAGCAUCAUGAAGAGAAUGACUCACUGUGGAACAAAAGCAGGACCAGGUGUGGAUGUCAUCCGUCCCCAAACAGCAGCUCAGUCCUCGGGGAAACGUGACGACACCUUUACAAUCUGUGUAACGCACCGUGCUCCUUGUCUCCGCCGACAGCAAGUUGUUUUUUUUUACAGAUGGAUUAUGACUUUGUUGUAGGUUCGCUCUACUUCAGUGCAGUUCCUUUUUCUUCUUUUUUUGGAUUAACAUUCACAUGUCAUUACGUUAUUUUUUAUUUUUAAGACUGCGGCCUCUGACAAAAGUGGUUUAGAUCAAACAUAACUAAUAUUUAAUGUGUUUUGAAGAUUGUCUAUUUUGCUAUGAUCAAAAUGUCCCUGCCAUACUCAUGGUAACUAAUAUGACACUACAUAUUUCACUUUCUUUUUCAUCAAAAUGAUGGUGCUCAUUGUGCUGUAAAUAAAGAACCCCAUCCAAUGACAUUAAUAUUUUAUAAAUAUAACUAUUAUAUCAUAAUAUAGUACAAUGAAACACCCAUAUCCUACAGUCACCAUUGUGCCAUGUUUAUAGAUAUUCUACAUUCUGCAUUUAUGUUGGAAACAUCCUCUGAACACAACAACAUAUGUACUUAUAUUCCAGCAGGUUUACCAAGCACAUAGACGCCUAGCAGUUGCAGUAUUUACCUUUUAAUGGUCAACGGAAUCCGGGAACAAAUAUUAAUGUACACCUGCUAAUGUAUAGCAGGUGUUGCUAGGCAACCUAGGUUUAGUCAAACAAGCCUAUAACCUGUCGACACACUGUAAAAUGUACAAAGUGUAAGAGUUAUUUAAAUGUUACUGUGUUUCUGUAAACUAACAAUAAAGAA